AUGAGUAAUAAAAGAAGUCGAUUUAGUCCAAUAUGGAUAACCUGUUUCUGUGCUGAUUCCCGCAAUCUACCAGCAAUUGAACGUGCUUUACGACGACUGAAACAACCACUGACCAAUUUAACUGUGACAGUGAAACGACGUCACUUGAGUACAGCCUAUCCUUGCCUAGUAGAUCAUAGAGCUACUGGAACAGAUCCGUUUAUUAACUUUUAUCAAGAGUGUUCACCAGUUAUCUGGGCUGUGGAUUGUUUACAAUGGCACGUGCUACCCUUACUGACACGUUUCGGUCUAGAUGUCAAUCGUCCACAGAGUUGUCGUCGUUGGACUUACAUUUGUGCGCCUAGUUCCCGGCCAAAUACAGCACCAUACCGAAGAUUUUGGACACGUGGUCGAUAUACAUAUCAAUCUGCAUUGGAUUAUUUUUUUGCUAGUGUCUAUGAAUUCGUUGGUGAACAUACAACAAGUUAUAAUGGAUUGAAUGGUCCAAGUCCAUUGGCUUUCUAUUUUUCACACUUACCAACAAUACUGUCUAAGGGUGUAGAUGUGCAUCGCAUUGAUUCAGUUAUUGUAUUCAAUUCACUUGCAAUCAGCUUUGAUCAAUAUCUGUGUCGAUAUACUAAUGAACAUGCUAUCAUACCAGAUAUACCUGAGAAUGAUGACUCAUUUGUUGAAAUGAUUACUGUCAAGCGUUUAAUUGAAAAUGGUUUUUCACAGUUUGAAUGUAUGGAUUAUUUGUAUCCAUGUUGUAAUUGGUUCGGCAUACUAUUAUGCAUUGUAUGUCAUCCUAAGAUUGAUUCAUAUAGCAAUACUGUAUUACCGUCAAUUAUUAAACAAUCCGCUCUGUUAUUGAUUAACUUACUUGCUCUGAAGUGUACCCUCCCAUCGGUUGAAGAUUUUCGUGAGUCUCUGGAGAAUCUACAUUUACGUAAAGUUUAUUCAAAACGCUAUGGUGAAAGACGUGAUGAAUUCAAUAUUCGCUUGUCAGCACUGCAUGAAUUAUGUCAAAAUUUUAUUGGUCAGCCGUUGAGUUUAAAAAUUCUAGCCAGAAAUGCUGUACGUAAACAAAUUGGAGGGAUAAAUUUCUGUGCCAAAACGACAGCUAUUGGUUUGCCAUCGCAAUUGAUAACGUAUAUUCAGUAUAUUAGUCAAGAACACUUAAUUUCCAGUGGUAUGCCUAAACAGUUGGUAAAAUUAGCACAAGGUGAGUGGGUUGAUAACAUCGCAAGUAACACCGCCUGUUCAAGGUCACGUUCAUGUAUCAAUUCUGCAUUAUGCUUCAGUAGUGACUAUACAGAACAGCUAAUUAACACACUGAACAGAAGAAGUGGUGCCAAUGACGCGAGCUAUUUGGAGCAGAGGAAUAAUCAUGAUUGUGAAGAGUUUUCAGCUAGUGCUUUCCGGCGUGGCAGAGCAUCAGAACGCCAACAUCUCCACUGUCAACGACGUGUUCACAAUGAUAUUUGUCAGAUAAAUGUUCACAGUGGUAAUAAUGAUCACCAUCACCAACCAAUACGUCCUACUUCAGCCCCAUUGCCUAGGACACUUUUAAUAUGAUCGACAGGAUGAGAACCCCCACUCUCAAAGUUCAGUAGUGAAAACGGGUCUAUUUGACGUGAUUUUAUCUCAGGGACCAAGCUGGGCUACGAAACCAAUACACACACUAUAUAUGCU